AUGGCUACUAACCAGCUCAAAAUUAGACGUAAUUUAUUCAAUCAGCCAAUUGAUGGUGAUGGUGAUGAUAACGAUGACGAUGACGAAAAUGAUGACGAUGAUGAUGAUGCUGCCCGCCUGCAGAAAGAGAAGAAUGAAAAGAUAAAAACUAAAGAAGAACAAGAACCAGGGAAAGAAGAGGAAGACGAAGAAGAGGAAGAGGAAGAAGAAGAAGAGAAAGAGGAAGAAGAAGAAGAAGACGACGAAGGCGAAGAAGAAGAAGAAGAAGAAGAAGAAGAAGAAGAAGAACAGAAGGAUCAAAAACUGUUAAGGAGAGGUCAAGCGAAUUAUGACUUUGAUUUCAGACGGCCAACAUAUCGGCGUAUGAAAACCAAAUGGUUCUUCCUUCUCCCCCUUGCUUCGCCUCCAAACUGUUCGCUUCCACUGCGGCCCUAG